AGGUCACUUUGCAACCCAGUUUUCAAAUAGAACACAGGAUUAGUAAUCAUUGCGCCUCAUUUGAACAUAUCCUAUCCAAUUGAAUUAUAGCAUCUGCAUAGUUAACCGUUGAAAAUGUCUAACUACGAAAAGUGGCUUAUUGGGGUGUAAAAAAAAUUUUGAGGGGGAAUGUUCCCUUUUUUGCAAUUGAUUGGAAUGACCGCCUGGAUAUUUUCACAUUUUUAAAUCCUUUUCUUUUCCGCGUAUCUUAUAUAACUCCGAUAUAUUUGCUUCGUGGUUAUAUGAUACGGGUAAGUAGUUAUCACGAUUGAUGUGGAAGAAACUGUGGGUGCAUUGCGCAGUAUGGAAAGCUGACACAAUGAAAUUGAAUAAAAAUUUUAGAUAGACAACAAAUAUGACAAGCCCGUUCUAUAUCAAAGGGGACUAGGUAUUUUGAGGCUUAUGAUCAAACUGUGUAAUUGACAAAUUAUUUGUAAUUUGUUUACGGGUUAUCUCCAACGUGGACAUCUUAAAAAUAUUUACAAAAGUUCAGCUAUCGACGUAGCACUACUGUUUCUAGCAGAAAUAGCAAUCAAAGUUUGAAAAUAUGUCAGCCACAGUACCUCCCUUAUAAUUGAAAUGAUCCGUUUAUUUUUUCCAAUAUAAAUGGUAUAAAAGGAGGGAGAUAUUCUGCUUAUCUCAUGUAAUCUUCUUUGGAUAAACUGCAAAAAUGACUGGUACUACAGUUUUUGUUUCUGGUGCAAAUGGAUACAUCGCUCAACACAUUGUAAAGCAAUUGCUUGCUAAAGGUUAUAGUGUAGUUGGUUCAGUUAGAUCUUCGUCUAAAGGUGAAGAAUUAAAGAAUUUAGUUAAGAGUGACAAAUUCUCAUAUGAGAUUGUCCCUGCCCUUGGUGACAAAGGUGCAUUUGACAAUGCACUUAAAAAACACCCUGAAGUUACUGUUUUUUUACAUACUGCUUCGCCUGUUAGCUUUUCAGUGAAUGAUAUUGAAAAGGAUUUGUUGAGACCAGCAAUUGACGGAACGGUCAAUGCUCUUCAGGCUAUUAAGGACCAUGGUCCUCAGAUCAAGAAGGUGGUUAUUACUUCAUCCGCAGUUGCGAACUUAGGUUGGGAUAAAUAUUUUGAUGGGAAUAAGAUAUAUACCGAAGAAGAUUGGAAUCCAAUUACUUAUCAAGAAAGUUUAGAAAAUGCUGCCUCGGGAUACUAUGGAUCUAAGAAAUUCGCCGAAUUAGCAGCACUUGAUUUCAUUGAAAAGGAGAAACCUAACUUUGCAGUCUCGUUUGUCAAUCCCGUAUAUGUGUUUGGCCCACAAGCAUAUGCUAUUAAGGAUAAGGCACAAUUAAAUCUUUCGGCAGAAGUCAUCAAUGGGGUUGCAAAAUUGGGCAAAAAUGACAAGAUUGCUCCAUUUGGGAGUCAUUUCGUUGAUGUUAGAGACGUUGCUCGUGCACAUUUAGUUGCAUUUGAGAAUGAGGAAGCUAUUCUGAAGAGAUUAAUAGUUGCCUCUCUGGGUUUCACUCUUGAUUCCAUUGCUCAUAUUAUUAAUGAACAUUUCCCAAACUCUACUGUUCCAAAAGGCGAUUUAUCUAGAAAUCCUGAAAUUAGUAAGACGAAUAUUCAAAAGGUUGAUAGUUCAAAAUCUAACAAGAUUCUUGGUUUUGAUUUGAUUCCUCUUGAGAAAUCUGUUGUUGACACUGUUCAACAAAUUUAUAGUGUUUAGUUUAUGCUGUUGCAAGAUUGAUUAAUACAUAUGUUUUAACCUCUGC